AUGAGCCAACCUUGGUUGCAGGAGGCUAGCGACACGCAGCUGUCGGCCGAGAGUACUGAAGUCUUUCGAGCAGAUGAUAAGAAUGCGAAACUCCAGACCAUGGAGGACAACCACAGCACCAGCCAGGCGAAAGCAAACGUUGUGGAGGAUAAAAGUGAUACAGAAGAUAUGGUAUUAAAAGAUACGGAUACCGUGACAGGUACCAAACCCGGAGAGGUGGCUAUGAUGGAGAAGAUGCCUGUCGAUUCUGAAGAGAAAUCCGGUGCAGCUUUGGUCACUGAAACCCAUAAGUCCAAUAACAAUGAGCUGCAGGAGAGCAAGAAGAUCGCAAGCAGUGGGGGUGGGCCAGAUAGCACGGACAAUGAGAAUGAAAGUAGUGAUAUCAAGGCGAAAAGUAGUACUGACGAGCACGAGGGUAGUGGCAAGGAGGAGGAGAGCCGGGAUGACCAACAGACGAGUGAUACUGAGCGUACAAAAGGGGAUGGUGAGAAGACAUACAGCAGUGACGAUAAGAACCAGAGUGACCACGAGCACACCAACAGUGAUACGGAUACAGCCAAACCACCAACUGAGUCAGACAAGGAAUAUAUGGGGACUGCUGAUACCGAUUCGAAGUUAGCGAGAGAGUUUGCUGAGUCUCUAAUAUUGACUGACCAGGCAGGAGGCAGACAGGAUGAGAAAGAGCCGGAACCUGAGCUCCCGCGAACAUUUGACGACCAUUUCAAGUCCAUUGUGCAGAAGGGCGGAAAUGAUUCUCGCAAGAAGAAGCAGACCACAGAGGAGAUCAUGGAAGACAUCAGGAUACGUAACCUUAAACGCGAGACCUGUAAGUUUUGGUCGUACCGUAACGCAGUGGGGCGCUACCUGGCUGCAUCGCUCAAUGUCGAGUGGGCCGACAUAUCCGAUGCGUGCGGAGUACCUGAAGAUAGUGACAACAUCAACGUGAUGGACUGGUGGAGGCGAGAGAAGGGUGCUGUAGCCCAACUGCAAAAGGCGCUUAGUCUUGUUGAGCUACCUGAGCAGAGGGACUUCUUCACCAACUACACUCGCGAUGAGAAAGAAAUGGUCGACGGACGGUACGGGUACGUGGAUUCCGACUCAUAUGGCUCGGCGGACACAUACACGGAAGUGCUCCAUGAAGCAGGUGUGUCCGCAGAACACACCACAGUUUUGGGCGUACAAGUGCAAGUACCGGCAUGCGAGGAAGUGAUCUGGAUUAUCCAGCCCAUGACAGAGUCUGGCGAUAAGGUGCCGCUGAGCAAUCGCUUGGUGUUCCAGGCCGAAGUUCGGGGGCCGUCAGUUAUCGUCCCAACCAUUAAGGCAAAUGCGGAUGGGACGUACCAUGCGACAUUCACACCCACUGUGAAAGGGUCGUACCAGGUGUAUAUCCGUCUGGAUCUGGCACGUGGUGUCGGAGACACAAACUGUUGGCGCGAAGAAACUCAUUUUAUGAUCGCUCAGGUGCUGCCGAACGGUCCAUCGGAGCUUAAGGUGACGGGGCCCAAUGAUCCGACCACCUGCGUUAAACUCGCCGAAGCUCGGGCGCUCUCGACUACACACACCGGUGAGUGGCGCAAAGUGGACUGUGGUGCGUACACCAGCCCUGUUGAAGGAGAAGAAGGGGCCGGUCAGAAUGCCACAGAUGCCUCUGAGGCGAUGGACCAGGGCAAGGUGAAGUUACCCAAAGGAUGGACGGAAGACGAAUCGAUGAAGCCAGUGAUCACAGACUAUAUCAGGAAGGCUUGCAAGGCCGGGAUGGUGGAGAACGUGCAGGGCUGGUACGGCGAUGCUCUUGAUAAGACACUAGGCCCAGAUAGGUUCAUGGACCGCCGCGCCAGAGGCUGUCAAUAUGGCCGCGAGUCCAAUCAAACACACAGUAAGCUGCAAAAGGCAAAUGCAGCAGGGACGUCGCUUAGCAACCGAGACGCGCACCCGUUCUUCCCCAACGUCACCGACCAGAACAUGCCGCCGCUGAUGUUCUACCCAUUCGAUGUGCAAACGGCAGAGGCAAUGGACUACGGCUGUAUGCGGAAUAAGUGGGUGCACCUGUGGGGCGAUUCGUUGGAUAGGAGUGCACUGAGAGAUUCCAUCAUCCCCAUUUACAAUGAGAUGCUCGGCGAACAGUGUGUGGACAGUUCGGUCCCUUAUGUGGACACUGCGGUUGUGGACCCGCACAAGCGUCUCCGCGUCGAUGUAGUCAUACACCACUGGCCCAAGGCAAACAUUACCUUCUCAUUCAUGGCUGUGACCAAGCGCAUUCGAGCGCCUGAUUUCUACAUGUUUGAUGAUGAAAAAGGUCAUAUCCGGGAUACUUGGCCUUCUUUUGCCAUCCAUCAGAUGUGGGCCACUGUGACGCCGUUGACUGGCAUGAGCCGUCCCUCGGCGUUUGUCUUCAGCCUGGCGUUGCACGCGGCAGCACACAAGGUCACAACAGACGCCUACGACGCAACUCUGCGAAACAUGCACAUGUGGAUUACUUCAGGUGCUGGUAAAGGCGUGCCCGUAUUCUGGAGACGAAGUACUACAACGCAGCAUCACUUCACAACACUACACGAGCAGCACAAGUGUUUAUUCAACUCACAACUGGGUCGUUUGGAUGAUGUAGCCAUGCGCGUGACGAAGGAACUCGGCGUCCCUGUGAUAGUAGGAACAGUACAAAUAGAUGCAUGCGACAUAAGCGGUGGGUAUGCACACAGUAAGGAUCAACAAGUGCCGAAGCAUAGCAAUCUCAAUCCUAACGUAGACGUGAAGUGGGUGGAGACAUAA